AAGACAACGUAGUUACCUACGUUGUCUUUAUUUUUGUUAUAAACACUGCUUUGGGAAUUCAGUGUUUUUACGAAUUGUGUAAAUUAUAAUCAAAUUAUUUCGUAUUCGAUAUUACAAUUAUUUAAAUAAGCGAAAAAUGUCGUUAGAUACAGUACCCAAAGAUUUAAGGGGUCUGCGGGCAUGCCUAGUAUGCUCACUAAUAAAGACUUUUGACCAGUUUGAAUAUGAUGGAUGUGAUAAUUGCGAUGAAUUUCUACGAAUGAAAAAUAAUAAAGAUAAUGUGUAUGAUUGCACAAGUAAUAAUUUUGAUGGAAUGAUUGCAGUGAUGAGUCCUGAAGAUAGCUGGGUUUGCAAAUGGCAAAGAAUAAGUCGUUUUUGUAAAGGAGUGUAUGCAAUAUCAGUAUCAGGCAGACUACCCGCUGGAGUGAUACGGGAGAUGAAAAGCAGAGGCUUUGUCUACCGGCCAAGAGACACCAGUCAAAGAUAGUGCUACUUUAAUUAAUAGUAACUCAAUAAAUGUAUUCUUCUUA